AUGGAAGAAAAGUUGAUAGACUUCUUACUUCAACCAACUAUUAUGUCAUCAAAUAGUGAUGUUCCUCUUUUUACUUAUGAUGAGACUUUGGGAUCUUUAAAACUUGCCAGAAAAGCUAAGGAGGCACCAUUUCCCCCAAUUGGAAUAGCAGAUUUUGUAGCUAUUGUUGCAUAUGGAUUAUACAAAUUGAAGAGCAGAGGGAAUUCUGAAAUGUCUGUCCACCUAAUUCACAUGCAUGUGGGAGCUCAAGGCUUUGUAGUACGAGCAAUGACUAUUGAUAUGUUGUAUUCCACAUUUUGGGAAUACUGGGCCAAACCCAAAUCUUAUGAAGAAAGAUGCUGCCUUCAUGUUGAUUAUGUUAAUAGAGCUGGAUACCUCACAUUGAGAUUAUUUAUGUUUAAAAAUCAUUUAGGGGUAUGUGGUUCUAAAAAGCAGCCCAUGGCAGACCCUAUCAUGAUGUUUUAA